AUGGCCGUAACCCUCAGCGAGCGCCUCUCUAACCCCCAGCUAACCCUCGACCCCACUCUGGGGACGCACGGGCCGCGCGAAGAAGGAAAAGAGGAAGAAAUAAAGGAUGAUGAUAUAUUUGGUUUGAUUCCAGAUGAUAUAUUUCGAAAAAUAUUGGAUGAUUUGAUUUCUGGUGAUUUGAAUCUAUUUGAAGAUCUCCAGAGGGAGAUCAUUAACAGGAAAAUAUUCCUGCCUAAGGCACUGUCCAAGAUGAAAGAAGCGGAGUCAAGGGCAUGCCUGCAACGACACUGUAAAAUUACCAUGCCAGCUCAUGGUCAUACUGACGGUUUUGUCAACGAGCUCACUGAUGUUGAGGUUGCUUACCAGCUGGAGCUAUUUGGAUAUGGUGGACUUCCAACCAGAAAUUUAUUACAAAAUGUCAUAGAGGCUGCAGAUUUGAUUCGGCGGGCAGAUGUCUACUUGACUUUUCCUUGGGGUACGUCUGCAAUGUGGGGUCCAGACCCAGAGCUGGUGGCAGAAGAUGCACUCCACCUCAUAUUAAGAAUGAUGCCAACUGCAAAUCACAUUUGCCUAUCAUGGCCUCUGGUGCACAAGGACGCCCGAGCUGAGGAGCGGAUGCUGAUGGCGUCCCAGGCGAUUCGGAGAAAGACUUCAAUUUCAUGGUAUAAAGCAGCAUGGCUUGAUGGGUCUUCAAAUACUGACAUCAUCAAGCAGUCCUUCGGUGACAGUGACAGUAUGAAGCUGCUGGAUGCCUGGCAGGACACUGACAUUUUAAAGAUGAAACCAACGAAAAAGCCUGGUGAUGAGGGCUAUCAAGCUGAGCUGGAAAAAGAUGCUGACCGCCUCCAGUAUCACGCAGAUCAGUGGUGGCAUUUUGCGAGUAAGCAUGUUGGAGAGAAGGUCCUUACCUCAUAUGGCCACAGCUUGAAGUGUGGUAAUUUCAGCAGAUUUAUGAAAAAAUGGGGCUAUCUGAUCUACUACAGUGCCGACGCUGUGGAACAGACGAACGAUGAUGCCAUUGUCAUCACACAGACCAAAUCGCACAAAUUUGGUGUGAAAGGCCAGUCACCUGGGAGGGGCCAAGUAAUGGUGUCCCAAGCUGAGGAUAUUGCCCGGUGGUGCGGCCGCAAGAUUGCCUAUGCUACGGGAAUGGACAAGGAAAUCUAUGCUGCCCAUGAAGCUCGCUUGCUGCGCAGGAGAAAUGAAGCUAGCCAGCGCAUCCGCCCCCUCUUUAUUCCGCGCAAGCCUGGAGCGAGGAACAGAAAAACGAGGAAGCUUCAGCACAUGCGGCGGGAUUUGACUCGCGACGGCGAGCUCUUAGAUAUCCGUAAAGUAUUUUCGUAG